UUCCAACCCGCAGAAGGCGCGGCGCUGUGCUCCGAGCUGAGCGGAGAAUCGCAGCACAGUCUAAAGUAAUAGCGACGCUGAGGCACAUUUAGAGAGCCAAGUAAGAUGUUCGUCAAGUCCGAGACCUUGGAGUUGAAGGAGGAAGAGGACGUGUUGGUGUUGCUCCGCUCGGCCUCCCCCGCCUCAGCAGCUCUGACCCCGCUGUCUUCCAGCACCGACGAGGAGGAAGAGGAGGAGCUGCGCUCGUCGGGCGGGGCGAGUCGGCCGCGUGGAGCAGAGGCCGGGCCCGGGGCGCAGGGCCGCUCGCCGGGAGGAACAGAGGGCUGCCGACCCGCGCGGCUACUGGGUCUGGUGCACGAGUGCAAGCGGCGCCCCUCCAGGGCGCGGGCAGUUUCUCGGGGCGCCAAAACUGCCGAGACGGUGCAGCGCAUCAAGAAGACCCGUAGAUUGAAGGCCAACAACCGCGAGCGCAACCGCAUGCACAACCUCAACGCGGCGCUGGAUGCGCUGCGCGAGGUGCUCCCCACUUUCCCGGAGGACGCAAAGCUCACCAAGAUUGAGACCCUGCGCUUCGCCCACAACUACAUUUGGGCGCUCACAGAGACCCUCCGCUUGGCCGACCACUGCGGGGGCGGCGGCGGAGGCCUGCCGGGGGCGCUCUUCUCCGAGGCAGUCUUGCUGAGCCCGGGAGGCUCUAGCGCCGCGCUGAGUAGCAGCGGAGACAGCCCUUCGCCUGCCUCCACGUGGAGCUGCACCAACAGCCCCGCGCCGUCCUCCUCCGCAUCCUCCAACUCCACCUCCCCCUACAGCUGCACUUUAUCUCCUGCCAGUCCGGCGGGUUCAGACAUGGACUAUUGGCAGUCCCCACCUCCCGACAAGCACCGCUACGCAUCUCACCUCCCCAUAGUCAGGGACUGUAUCUAGAGCUCUGCUACACACGCCAGGCUUUAGUGGGUACCCUUUCCUGCCCUCGAUCAAGCCUUCCUCCCACCCCUUUCCUGCCCCGCGCUCCAUGCCCUAGAAACCGUCUCACUACUCAGAGCAGGUGUAGCCGUUCUAGUUCCUCAGCUGUUUGUUGCAUUCCUAGGCUAAAGGCUUCCUUCAUUCAGACAGGCUCCCUAAUUUAUUGGUAUGAUGGAGCUUACUGUCAAAGAAAAUAGUAGAGGUGCGGGGGGAGCAUUUGUUAAGGCUAACAAGAUGCCGGGAAGAGAUGAAGGGGGCUUGUCUAAAGAGUUCGCAGAGCCGACCGACGCCCCUCCCCUCUCUCGGAGCCGUUCGUGUGAAUCUCCCAGGGGGAAUGCAACUGGUUCCUGUGAUCUCUUCACCUUUGCUUCUACAUAGAGAUGUUAAUGUCGAGUAGAAAGAAAUGUAUCUUAGCAUCUGAAUGAUUUUACUGGUAAUAAUAUUAUCCACUGAUUUGCAAUGGCUGGCAUCUGCUUUCUUCCCAGUGCUGUCUGCGGGCUGUGGGAAUUUCACCUGUCAAACCAAACUUUCCCUCUCUGAUGUGCACUUUGUUCUGUUUCCCAGAUUCGUCACAAUGCCUAUUGUCCCGCCCUUCUCUUUCCUUUUUCUUCUCCAUUUUGCCAUCUGUCUCUUAUGAUUUAUAAGGGGGAAAAAGUUGUUUUGUUAGAGGGCCAGGUUAGAAGUCAUUGUAUAAUUUGUAGGCUUUGUAAUGAUUGAAUGCAAGCGUGGAAAUUUAGGCUGAACUCUCUAUCAAAAGGAAAAAUGUGGAGGAAAAGGGAAAAAUCAGGAGGGAGGACUGCUUCAUGCAUUAUUUAUCUCGACCUUUUAGGGGAGAAGGAACUCCCCCAUUCUUUCAAGAGAUUAAAAAUAAAUCAACAGACUGAAAACCUAAGCAGACACGGAGCAUUAUCAGAAUCAGCCACACACGUGUUUCCUUCUAUUUAUUAUAAAGAAAAAUUUCAUGGGAAAAGUAUGUAUUUUUUGUAUAUUCUACAGAGUUUAUUCUAGUAUGUAUUUACAUAUUGGAAGAACAAGAAAAUUGUUCUUGUGAUUAAGCUAUAAAUAAAGUAUAAUUUUCAUAAUUUUUGUGGUUGUAUUAUAAUUUUUUUCCUGCUUAGGUGGUUUUUAGAAGAAUGAGUUGCAUUUUUCUGAAAUUCUCCCUAUAUCAAAUUAAGUAGAUGACUUGUGUUUUUCAUCUGUUUGUAUGUAGAAUUUCAAUGACACACAAAGUCUGAGUGAUCAUAGGAAGCUGAACUCUACUAGAGACACUAACAUUGACAUAAAAGUAACUCUCAAUACAAACCAAACUUGGUUUUUAAGAAACCAAUUUCUGAGCAAGCAAGAUUAGUGGGGAAAAAGGGGGGGGAUUUAAAUGAUAAUUAAGUCAUGAUAAGCACCAAAGUUCAGAAACUUUGAUUUCAAAAAAUAGUGAAGUUGAAAUUUCUUGGUAGAGUGAGCAGAAAUUUGGUUCUUUCACUUCUCAGAGCUUCGAUUAUUUGUGAGCUGAAGCAACUGGACAGUGAUCUCUAAGGUGGCUUCCAGCCCUACCAUCUGUAGUGUAGCAGUGUUUAUAAAUUCAUUACUGGAAGCUGAUUUCAUAUUAGCCAAUCCAAUCUUUGUUAAAAUAGUUACAUGGUCAAAACUUCCUCAAAGAGAAAGCAAAGACGAUUUCCAAUCUUCAGGAUACAUAAUUCUGUAACUUGCACCCCAAUCUCCAAAGCAGAAAUGAAUGACUUUGGCCUUGGGUGAAAGUUGACCAAGUAAAGGUUGACCACAUUCUAGGUUUAAGCCUCUUGGGGGAAGGGUGAUCAGGACAACACAAGCUAAAAGAUCAGAUUAGCAAAGAAAUGUUGGUUGUGCAGUCUCCCCCUCCCUCAUGAGUUUUAUAUCUGCUUACAGUUUGAGCUAAAUCCUCCGCUCUGCGUGACGCAAGGAUAAUUCUUCUGAGGUGUUCAUCUGAAACUUCUCCUCCUCUCCCUCCAUAUGGAAAAUACUAAGUGUUGAAUAUCUUAAUAACUUCACUUUCAAUCAAAGGAAGAACUAACUCAGGGUUUGGUUUUCAUCUCUGGAAGACCUGUUGAAACUCCCUGUUGAAGCUGGAAGCCUUCAAGAUUGUAUUAUUCUUAGUCACUCUUGAUUAUCUAACAUGAAGAGAAAGUGAUACUUCUCUUACAUUCACCUUAGUGUUUUAGUGUCUUCUGUUUCUACUGUUUAAAAAGCCAAGCCAGCAAGCAAAGCACCUGUAGUAUGAGAGUUUUAAAAUAUCACAGUUUUGAUGCCAAAUAAUGGUUCUUUUAGUGAUGAUCAUGUUUAUGGUGAUUAUAGGGUGCUUUUUUUUGAAAACUUGCCGAGGAAACAGCUCAUGGCACAGGUCUGAGGCGGAAAAUCCUCAGCUGCAGGUGCUUGAGAAACUUCAACGGAUGAGGGGAUCCCAUAAACAGGUGGUGACCUCAACGGGCUUAUUUGGAGAGGCUGGGAUGGGGAGAGAGGUCAAGAAUCACAGCUUUGAGUAAUGGUGAUUCAGCUAAGCACUUAAGCUGCAACCUAGUUGAAUCUAGCAGCCACUUCUACACAAUUUCUCCAGGAUCAGAGUCCCCUUAUACACCAGCAGCACGUCUCACACGGCAGAAAUUCCGUCUACCGUCUGUAAUUUUCACGCACGCUUUCCCUUCCCUUCCUCCUUUAUUUUACACUAAAAUUGGUGCAAUUACUUUUUAUGGCGACUAAUCACUUUUAGCAAUUACGAAUGUUCUUUCUGCCUCACUUCGCGCUGGGAGUUCUCUUCCCCAACCCCCAGCAACUCCACAGCCUGUGGGCUGAGGCCCAGUCGUCCUCUCCCCUCCCUCCCAGGAGUGAGAAUUAAAGGGCAGAAGCUUCAGCUGUAGGGAAUAUAGCCGCUCUUCGAUUUUAUCCAUUUCCCUCACCGCCUUGGGACAAGGUGCUCUGUCUGCACCCAGGGGUCCUCCUAUUUCUGGAGUUCUCUGCUGGGCGACGUUUCAAGCAAAGUCAGAGAUGUUCUUCCCCCAAGGGUUGCCGGAUCUUUUCAGACCAGGGGCGCGGCGGGCGUGUUUACCGAAGUGCGAUGAGGUGCGAGGGCUGGUCCUGUCCUGGCUGGGUCUUCGCUUCCACGCCGCCAGGCUUUGGACAUCGAUUGCGUUUUUGCUGUUCUGAAUUAUCCAGGCCUCGUUAAGGGGGAUUUUUCCUUCACUAGAUUUAAAAGAAAUCCAUCAGAGGGCGAACAGGGAGAAAAAGAGGCAGGGAGGCGGGCUACCAGGCGAGGUGGGGGAGAGGAGAGCUCGGGCAUCCAGAGCAUCCCCCGCCCCCAACCCGAGCAGAAGCCAGGUGGGCGCCUUCGCUGCAGAGCCCUGCCGGCCGGGUGGAGGUGAGGUGGUCGGAAGGCCCUGGGCAGCCUUGGCCAAUUGGAGCAAGGGUUCGGUGGCUCCUUCCUUAGGGUUAGCCCGUUACCCUCAGACGGCAUCUAAGCCCGGGGCUCCCGGCCGCAGCAGGGCCGGGUCUGCCGGAGAGGCUGGGAGUUGCAAGCCGGCGCCCGCCCACCGCGUGCACCCCCUGCAUCGCACAGCCUUGGGCAGGUUGUGACUUCUGGGCAUCGACACCUGGAACCCGUUAAAAGCGCCUUCCCCUCACGCCUGGCCUCGGCCUCCCCCCACCCCGAGGCUCUCGGGUCCCAGGCGAGCUUUGAAUGUAUUAAUUAAAUAAAGCAGGCAGCCCUUGAAUCGCGCCAAUGCAGGGCGCUCCCGGGAGCGUGAAAGUCCCGGCCUCAGAAUCCGCAAAAGAAAACGUGUGAAAAGAGAAUUAGUGAAAUUAGGUUAGACCAAUAAAACGUGAGGGCUCCAGCACCCCCCUUUUAGCUCCCCCAGCCUGGGGCUAGAAGGGCUAUCUGGUCUAUUGUUUCCCACCCCGGCAGGGGGUUCAUUGUGUGAUAAAUAAUUCCCCGUCCAUUUUAGUCUUUAAAAAAAUGGGUAUUUGCAUAAUCACUGCUUUGAUGUGGCCAGAAAUCGGAGGCUUGGUCUCCCCAACUCUGCUAUUGGUAGCGAAGCAACAA